AGCAAUAAUAACGCAUGCUAUUGCUUCUUCUCGGAACCGUGUGUGCGUUUCUUGAGCUGUUUAUUCGCAGCUCACGCACGGACAGUGUGGUUAUCAGCUGCAGGGGUGGAACCACAGGUCAACAUGUAGAAGAAAGUUAUCUACAAACAGGCCAUGGCUAUUUCGUUUUAUGAAGUAUAUUAAAUAUCGCAUUAGUUAAGGCAGACUGUGUAACGUGAUUGGUAUACAUGUUAAAGUGAUUCAUAAAAACCAAAGAAAGGUGCACAGCUUGAACCGCUGUGCCCACUUAAAAGCACGAUCAGAGUUCACACUGCUCAUGUGUUCAUAAUAUAAUGGCCAUUGUGACUGGCAUGAGUUAGCUCACUCAUGCAAAACACUCCCAGCUGAGCUAAUGAAUACACUUGGUACUCAUUAGCUCAGCGUGAAUAAACAAAAAGUGGAACUAAAUAUGAGCUGUGCAUGGAUCAGACCCACGGAGGAAAGGUGCAUAGUCAUUCACUCUCAUCCGGGAGAAAACUUUGCAUGCAGUACUGACAACAGCAAAGCUGCGACAGUGGAGAAGUCCAUGGAUGCUGAGGUGCUGCACUCUGCUCAAGUAGAGCAUGGCUCCCUUUUGCUAAGGCAGCUAGAGAGGAUGAGAACAGCUAAGGAGCUCACUGACGUGGUGCUGCUAGCUGAAGGGAUCCCCUUCCAUUGCCACAAGGUGGUGCUGUCUGCAUUCAGUCCUUACUUCCAGGCCAUGUUUACAUGUGGUCUCAAGGAGACGCAGGGAGGAGAAAUACCUCUCAGAGACACUUCUGCCCAAAGCUUAAGGCUGCUGCUGGACUACAUGUACCGUGGCGAGCUCCAACUUUCAAACAACAACAUCCAGGAAGUGGCCGUCGCUGCCUUCCUGCUACAUGUAGAUGGAGCCUUCAGGUUGUGCCAGAGUACCAUGGAGGCCUGUAUGGACCCGUCAAACUGUGUUGGUCUGUACCACUGGGCCAGGAACUUGGGAGCAACUGGCCUUGCUGACUGUGCCUUGCGAUACCUUUGUCAACACUUUGCACAAGUUUGUGAGGAAGAAGAAGUGCUAGAGCUGGAUGCUCAAAGUCUUGGGGAACUGCUUGGCUUGGAUGACCUUAACGUAUCACAGGAGGAGGUUGUUUUGGAGCUGGUGUUGCGCUGGGUGGAAAAGUGCAGGGGCGACUCAGAAAGGGAAGCCCAGGCUGUGGAGUUACUCAGGCAUGUCCGACUGGAGCUUGUGGAGCCUGGAUUUCUCCGUAAAGCAAGGAGGAGAAACCCGGUGCUUCUGCGGGAUGCUGAGUGCUUUGGGAUGAUUGAUGCUGUUCUCCAGACGUCAGGUCUCUGCGAGGCCGCAGCUCCUCCUCGCCGAGCUCUUCGCUACGGCAUGGAGACAACAGAUUUGCUCCUCUGUUUGGGUGGCGUGAAUAAGGAGGGCGUCCCUGCACGGCGUGGAGGACUUGCUGACCUCAGUUUUUGCUUCGACCCCCAUGUUAGGAAGACUUACUACAUCCCCUCUCCCCUGAGGGGCUGCAGCAUAGUGGGACAGAUCACAGCAGGCGCAGUGAGCAGAGAAAACAUCAUAGUGGUGGCCGUAGAGGCAGAAGACCAACAUCGAACGAAGGGGGUUGAUAUCUACAGGUAUGACAGUUCAGAGGAGAACAGCUGGGUGAAGUUGUGCUCGGCAGCUUACAGGGACAUGUAUGCUUUAGGGCUCAUAGGAGAUGCCCUCUAUUUAAUCGGUGGUCAGAUGAAAGUGCGUAAUCACUACGUCAUCACAGACAGCGUGGAGAGAUGGUCGCUGAAGAGAGGAGGCAGCUGGCUCGGCUUUGCUCCUCUGCCUCUUCCAUUAGCCUGUCACUGUGUUGUGACCCUAAAGGAGCAUCUUUAUGUGCUGGGGGGCUGGACACCACAGGAUCACCCUGACGACGAGCCUGACAAGCUCAGCAAUCGUGUGUUUCAGUUUGACCCCGGCAAAGACAGAUGGACAGAGUGUGCCAGCAUGAAGUACUCCAGGUACCGCUGUGGGUCAGCUGUCCUCAGUGGAGAGAUCUAUAUAUUAGGUGGUAUAGGAUGCGAUGGAGAGGACCGUGGGCAAUCACGUCGUUGCCUGAGCUCCGUGGAGAUCUACAACCCAGAUACAGACACCUGGAGACCAGGACCAACCCUCCCCACAUCCCUACUUUCCCUUCGAACGAACGCCUCCAACAUAGGAGUAGUGGAUGGAAAGCUCUAUCUCUGUGGAUACUACAAGGGGGCUGGCCGUCAUGAGAUCAUCACCAAGGAGCUUUUAGAAUUGGACCCUGCAGACAAUGUGUGGACAGUUGUGGAAAGACGAGCAGCCAUGCACGACAGCUACGACGUCUGUCUGGUGGCUAAUCUUAAUCCUCGAGACCUCUUCACACCCUAAUCCAGCUCCUCCUGGGCCAGUGUGUGUGGAUAGUAAGCAUCUAUACGCUAAACCCGGAAAGCCUCAUUCAAAAAAGCCUUAUUCACUCUUGGUAUUUGGAAACCAGAAUAACAAGAUUAAUUUUCACUAUAAUUAACUAACAACUUUUUUUUUUGCUAUAUGAGCAUCCAAAGUCAGACUUUAGAUAAUGCAAUUUUAUGUUAUAUGUCAAAAGUCUGUUUGUUACAUGUCCUGUCCAAGCAAUGAAUUUUACCUGUAAAUGUAAGAAUAAAAGAAAAAUCAACAUUC